CGAAAAUGAUGCUGAAUAGUGUAUUAAUGUCCACGUAGAAGAUCCAGAAAAAAAGGGAAGAAUGAAGUAUGGAGAUAGCCAGCAAUGGAGGGCAAAAUUAAAGAAGGGAGACGGCCGGCCACGUGAAGAUGUUGCAGUUGCAGUUUCACAAUCACGCUGCACAACACAAAUAAUGAGGAGGAGCGCCUAUUCGUACGUGGAAGAAGAAGGAGCGGGAGGUCUUUCUUUCGGAGCUAGGAUGAAAAGACGGCUCAGGAAUUUGUGCCAGGGGGAUGCCUCUACCUCUACAGCUCGAAACGACCAAGUCUUCCUCUUCAACAACAGGAGCUCCUGCACCAUCAACCACCACCGCCGCCGCAGCCGCCUUCACGACGGCGACAACGACGAGGCCGAGAUUCCGUGUGUCGACAAUAUGAUUAACGGAUUAGCGGUUCCGGCUUGGCAGCAGCGCCCACCAUCGUCACCGGCGGCGGCCCGAGCCUCAACAAACCGGACACUGGAGGAGAUGAUUAUGCAGCUGGAACUGGAGGAGGCGGCGGCGGCGGCCAGGAAAGCGGCGGUGACUAGAAGGAUGUCGUGCGUCAACACGAGUUCGGAUCGGGUGCUGAGAUCCGCCCGAAACGCACUGAACCAGUACCCGCCCCGCUUCUCCCUCGACGGCAAGGACGCCAUGUACCGCUCCUCUUUCCUCAACGACGACGAGCCACUCCGCCGCCGCCCCGACCCCAAAAGGCUCGCGAAUUUCGUCGAUCGAAAUCGGGACUGCCACCGUGAUCAGCCGCCUAGGAGGAGUGGAUGUAACGGCGGUGGUGGAAAUGUGGUGUGGUGCAAACCGGGAGUUGUACCGAAGCUUAUGGGUCUCGACGCGAUUCCGGUGCCGGUUAAUUAUUUUCCCGGUCAUAGAGGGCCCUUGUUCUUUUGACUGGUGAUGUUUACUCUUUGGUUACAGGGAAUUUAGGUGUUAUUAUGUAAUCUAAUUAUGAUUGAAAAUCAUAACUACAAGAUUAGGUGUAAUGCUAAUGAUACUACUUUAGGCUUAUAUUGUGCUAAGAAUGAUAACAGUCAUAUAUUCUAAUUGAUAAGUCUGAAACUAGAUGCCCUGUCAUGUGCCAAAUAGAACAGGACAUAAAAUGAAGAAAUCUGU